CAGAAAGCAAAAGGAGCCUGCGAGGACAUGAGCCAGACAGGUAUGUGUGGGGUACCUGUCUUCAUCUUAUGAACACGGAUGGACAUGCUGCAUGAAGAUGGAUGCAUAUAGAGCCUCAGAUGGGCGAAAGGGGGAACAUAUCAUGAUGACCUUGGAUGUGCAGCAGUUGCCAAGAGACUAAUGGAGUCUGUGUCACGCGAUAUCAUCAUCACCUCUACUUCUGCAGCAGGCCAUGCAGUGCUGGUGUGAGUGACGGUCAGCGUGAGGGAAUGAACUUCACAACCAACCCAGAUCUGGUCCCAGACAGGGACAGCCUACCAUUAAAAAAGAGAGACCAAAGACUGAGUUCACCGCUGCAGCAGCAGCUGCAGAAACAGCAGCAGUGUGAUACCGCAAGUUUCAAGGAGCCGUACCCAUACAAGAACCACAGCGAGUUUAAAGCUAAGCACGUAGGCCCGUUUCGGCCUGUACCGAGACGAGUCCCUGCAUUGUACCAGCCCUGGAUUCAGACAAAUACACUGACCAAGCCAAAACAGCACAUCCCUUCUGCUUUCAAAGAGCAUCAUGGAUGGGUAGAGUGGAGAGAAUUCAACACUCUGUCCUCAGGCUGGGACUUUCCCCACCAUUAUCAGCAUCAAAACCACUUGUCCAGCACACAUGCUCUCCACCCAGGACAUCCACACUACUCCUCCAGAUUCAGUGCUGUCUCCCUGUUUGGUGACAGUUUCCACAGAGGGAGUGGAGGCUGGGAGAAUCUCCAGACAUUAAGGGAUAAGAGUUUAAAUCCAGACAGGCAGAUCUAUGGCAAGCAUAAAAGUCCAUAUGUGAGAAGAGGAGAUAAAAAAGUAGAUCAUUUAGUGAGGGCUGGAAAAUCAAGUCCUCCAUUACUGAGCACUCGCCUGCCCCUCUCUCCACAUCAGGACAUUACCUUGCAACCUAAUUCACCACACAAAUCAGCCAAAGCUGUUUCUGUGCCCGGACAUUUCCCUUUAAAAGCCACUCCUAAUAACCCAAACAGCGCAUACAUGACCAUGACAAAAGACCAAUCAAGAUAUCAUGGCGUCUCCUCUUCUGAACAUGCUUCAUCCUCCUCUUCGUCUCCUAACCACUUCCCCUGGCUGCUCCCUCACUUUGUGGCAGGUUCUCUGAUCGAGCUCAGAGACGGGCGGCUGAGGAAGGUGGAGCACCUGCAGACUGAAGACUUCCUGCUUGGCUCACUGGCCUGUCCAGACCUGCGCCUGAGCUGCUGCACGGUGCAGAGCAUCUCCCCCUCAUCAUCCUCCUCCUCUAUCUCCCGCCUCCUCAUCCUGCUCCAUGACCAGCAAUCCCAGGAGUUGGUGGAUGUGUAUGUGGAGUAUCCGUUCUUUGUGCGCGGGCAGGGCUGGUCUUCAUGCAGCCCUCAGAGGACCGCCCACCUCUGUGGCCUGCAGUGCCGCCAGCUCACUGUGGGGGACAUCUGCUUGGCUCUCACACCCGUCUCAGCUCCCAAGAGUCCACUAACAGCCCCCCUGAAGCCAAACACCUCACCCAGGAAGUCAGAGGGGGGAUGUAAGAAGUCCCAGAAGGCACAAACUGCCCUAUACAGCAAGGCUCCCCUGGAACUGAAGCAGAAGAUGGGGACAGAGGCAAUGCGCAGGAGACAUUACUCAGCCCCUUGAGUUGAGAGCACUGGGAAGUAUUUGCACAAAGUGAGAUGAAAAACGGAAGCUGUUCAUUCUUUUAUUAGGUAGAGACCUUUAUGGUCUCUUUGAAACUGUGCUGUAAUCAGCCUAUGUAUGCUGUCUUUCUACCUCCUGAACUCUGCUUUUCUGCCUCAAUGUCAUUUUGAUUUGUAUAUCAGAAGUUUCAAUUUAAAAAAACAAAAUCUGCAGUGAGCCUAACUCUCAGGGUCCCCUGGAGGUAAAAUUACAGCAUGUCACACGCAUUGCGUUUGUCAGGGUAACCAGAGUUGUGCCAGAAUUCAUCACAACCAGUGAAACGCAUCAUUCAGAUCUUAUUUCUGUUAGAAAAUGCAAGUUAUGUGAAAGCGUUGUGAGAAAGUGGACGACCAACGUGUGAACUGUGUUGCCACAGGGAGCUGCUUCAGUGACUUUUAAUGGAAAUCCUGCAGGUUCAAAGAAUAUUAUCUAGAGUUGUAUCCCCGGAGUGUUUGUGCUUUUUCAGCCCACGUUCCUUUAAAGCUCAUGAAAAUACUGCCUCAGGUCUUUUCACUGCAUUUUAACUUCUCUCUCCUUCUUAAUAUCAUGUAAGAGUUAUUUACCAUGAAGAAAGAACAUGUAUGGUAAGUUUAAUUUGUAUGCUUCUACCUCUAUUUACAGAUUUUAUCUGUGUUGUUGUCUGUGUGGGCUGGGAUAUAAUAUACCAUGUCUGAAGCAUCCAGCUUCUCUGUGAAUGUCCUUUUAAAUGCUUUUCCAGCUUGUUUUAUGCAUACGUUGUAUAAAUGCUUUGUUUUUUGUAGCAAUGAAAUAUCAGUUGUGUUGUUAUAAGAGAGGGAAAGUCUGACUGGCCAUCAGUGACACAUCCAUAGUGAAAAAAGUACACUAUUGUGUCACAAGAGGAUGGUGGUAUAGGCCCUGCUGCAGAGGUAGCUGUUCUAACCAGAAGCAAACCACACAGAGACAAAAACAAAAAUAAGUGCAGUUGAAAUCCACAUAACAAAACUGGAGUUAAUUUAUUCUCAUCAGUUUUUAAGUUAAUCUUUGCUUGGUCAUGCAAGAUUCACAAUUCUGUUUCGAUGCCACCUAAUGCAUAUCACACAUGCAUUUUUUCACAUUAAUGGAGGUUUCAUUGAGUUUUAUCAUUUCCAUUCACCUUUUCUGGUCUCAUGAUCGUGUACAUUCAGAUCAAAAGCAGCUACAGAAACUUGUGAUUUCCUCCUGACAGCAUGUUCAAUUUAAGAUUAUGAAACUGAAAAGUGGAUGAUGCACAACUAUGAUGUCACCAGUUAUGUUUCCAACUCUCUUAAUAUACAUUUUCAGCUUUCACAUAAAUAAGUCUGGAUGAAAACACAGCUGAGUAACCAGAGAAAAAAGGAAACAAAAAACAGGAAAGUUUGGUAUAAUGUUAAAAUAUAAACAUAUAAACAUGCAUUUAUGUCUAUGAAAACAACAUCAGAGAAUAAAUGUUUAUGACAGCACACAGGACUGUGAACAGAACUCAUCCAAAGGGCACAAAUGUUUCUGUUCCCAUUGUUUGCUGCAGUCUCUCACCAGUUUUUCUCAAGUCUGUUUUCCUUCUUUGUGGAUAGACCUCUAAACUCCUUUAUUUACAUCAUCUCAUUGCAUUCUCUUUUCUGCUGACCUGGCUGAAGAAUAGGGCUACGUCCACACAGAGACAGCAUUGAUUUAGUUCUCAAAAAGUUUUCAUUGAAGAUGGGAUUGUUUCUAGAAAUGUGCGCAUCCACACAAAACCACUGAAAACACUGUAGCACAUAUGCCAGGCCUGUAAGAGGCGCUGUGACACUGCCACAGGAAACAGAGACAAAGACAUGGAGCACACGCAUAAACUCGAGGAAUGUAAUCAAACAUACCAAGAAGAUGGGGGGAACUGAGCUAAAAGGGGAGUAUUUAUGUGGACUGACAACAAGGUAUAACUCCUGCUUUGAGUUAUAGCUUCUGUAGCACGAAUCCAACACUGUAAUCUGCCAUUGUUGUGGCUGUUUGGUGGGAUUUGUGCAUGAGGGUUAAGGUAGUGGGGCUAUGGUGUCAUUGGU